ACGGUAAUUGAUUCACUAUAUCGUGAAAAUUAAAAACCUUUAUAUAUUUUCACGGUUUCAAAAUAUUAGGUUGGAAUAAACGAGUGUAAAUUCUAGUUUUACUGUUUUGAUAAUGCGCCUUCAAAUUUUCGGCAUUUACAUAUUUUCGAGAUUUACUGCAUUGAAACCAAGCGUUCGAUUGCUUGACGUCACUUCGUGAUCGACAUCGAUGAAACGCUUGCUUACGCUGUAGAUGUUAUUUUCUGUGCAAAUGCAAGCGUCUAUUGAUAACGAAACGAUAAUUUGUCAACAAUGAGAAUCAGAUACUUGGCUUAAUAAUUUUCAUUUAAAAUGUCUAAUUUGGAUAUAAUUCGGAAUACAAAACGAAACUUAAAAGGUAUUGAAAACAACAACGUUCAAAAGAACAAUGUGGAUUUCAAUAGAAAGACUAUUUCCACCGACAAUCAGGAUUUCCGGCAUUCAAAGGACAGUGCAAGAAGUACGAGCGGGACCAACAUACAGUUCAAACAUAGAGGACCAUGACGUUGAAGUUACAACUAUACCCCCACCUAUACCCAAGCCUGGUCCAGCAGGGCUAGACACUACUGGGAAGGAAUUUGUUUUCUUUGAUUUGGAAACAAGAGGGUUAGAGCACACUUCUCACAUAAUUCAGAUAGCUGCAGUGCAUUCAACUGGUCAAUUUUCAACAUAUGUGAUUCAUGAGAAGAAGAUUUCCUUGCAAGCGUCAGUGACAGUUGUUAGCGACUGUAUGCUUGUCAAGAGACAAACAGUAACAGCUGUCCCCAUCAAAUCUGCAUUGACAAGUUUUAUAACAUUCUUACAGAAAUGUUCACCAAUUAUUUCAGUUGGGCAUAAUAAAGAGUCUUUUGAUUGUAAAGUGUUGCUCCGUGCUAUCCAUACUUGUUGAAAAAUGUUUGAGUUUCAGCAAAAUAUUUGUGGCUUUUUAGAUACUUAAAAAUGUUAAAAAUGUUAAAGGAAAUAUUACCAAAUAUGAAAUCAUAUAAGCGGGAACAUUUAGUUAAAGACGUCAUUGGUGAAUUAUACAUGGCACAUGGCGCUAUACAGGAUAUUUUAGCUUUACAAAAGUUAGUGAACUCUGUUCCUCUUGACCAAAAAUUGUUAACAAAUAUUCAUUCAGCUUUUACCGAGCAGUGUUAACAUACAAUGUGUAACUAAAUGUUGCUUCCAACAUCAAAUCUUUACAAACCAUAAUUGAUACAAAAGUUAUAAGUCAAGGUGUUGCAAGGAAAGUUGCAGGAAGUGGAUUUCAACUUAAACAUUUGAGUCCUGUAUCAAAAAGAAACGGACUGAGUGGU